UCAGCUGCUCGCUUCAGGAGGAGGAAGAUGGCGAUAUUCAGUGUCUAUGUUAUCAACAAGGCGGGGGGACUCAUUUACCAAUACGACAACUAUGUCCCUAGAACAGAAGUUGAGAAAACAUUUAGCUUUCCUUUAGAUAUAGUAUUAAAGAUUCAUGACGACAAGGUGGUCGUGUCGUUCGGACAGCGGGAUGGCAUCCGAGUUGGUCACGCUGUUCUUUCUAUCAAUGGAGUUGACGUGAACGGCAAAAACACAGCAGAAGGGAAGGAAAUAUUGGAGUACUUGAAAGAUGCCUCUAACUAUCCGGUGUCCAUACGUUUUGGUAGAGCACGGCUGAGCUCAAAUGAGAAACUGAUGCUGGCUUCAAUGUUUCACUCGCUAUUUGCUAUUGGUUCACAGCUGUCACCUGAAGUUGGCAGUUCAGGUAUUGAAAUGCUGGAAACAGACAUGUUUAAACUACACUGCUUUCAGACACUCACAGGUAUUAAGUUUAUUGUGCUGGCGGAUCCUCGACAGUCUGGCAUUGAUGCGCUCCUGAGAAAGAUCUAUGAAAUCUAUUCAGAUUUUGCCCUAAAGAAUCCUUUCUACUCCCUGGAGAUGCCUAUCAGAUGCGAACUUUUUGACCAAAAUCUGAAGAGUGCCCUGGAAAUAGCAGAGAAAGCUGGCACAUUUGGGCCAGGUUCCUGAGCUGGAAUGUACUGGGGCAUGGAGUACCACAUGAUUCUACUGUAUAUAUGGAUUCAUUGCUGGGGUGUGGAUUUUCUGAACUGUCUAACAAUAGAGGAGGAAUAAUCAGCUUGUAACUGAGAAAUUGUGGAUGAUAAUGGGACCGUAAAAGUUGUCGUCACGUGUCAUUGUCACCUUCUUGAAAUUCAUGGACCAUCAAAUUGUGUUGAGACAGCAGAAACAAAUUUAUUUGUGUGACAUGAGUUCAAAGUCCAGUUCGCCUCUCCACUUUGUAAGAAAGCAUGUAAAGGCAUUAAAGUUUUUAAGACUUAGG